AUGGAGAGCGAAAGUGACAGUCGCGUGCAUUUCUCGGAGACGAACGAUCCAUGGUCCAGUUCACGACACGUUGCGGUGCUACAAGCUCUUGAUGCCGUUGAACAGAAAUUGGUGACAGCAUUACGGACGGCGGCCACUGCCAUGUCCUUGAUGGCUCCACGUGUAUCGUCCGAGGAAAGUUCGUCGCUCGCUUUUAAUCUGGCGUGUACCAAGUUCUUGCAGCUGGUUAAAGAAAUCCACACGGAAUUGGCCAACCAUAUUCAUCUCGUCUCGGACUAUCGUACCUUUAAACGAAGCACAUACGGCGCUGAGAAAGAUAUGGAAAUCUGUCGUGAAAAAGUCAAAAUUGUGUCGGAGCAGCUCCAGACGCUCUCGCACUUUCUUGAGGAAAACUAUACACCAGAGGAGAGCUAG